UGGGUCACGUGAUCGGCCACACAGUUUACACACAAACCAGACGCACACACUGUCGAGACUGAAUCACGCAGUCACUCCACGCACGCGUUCUACCUGUCCCUGUGAGUAUUUGAGUGAAAUUUAGGAGAGGAGGACGCCACAAGGCAUAUACUGCAGUACGCACACGCACAUCCUGAACCCCUCGCUUUCUUAGGGGGCGGAGUGAAAGAGGAGGAAGCUGGAAAAGAAGGUGUGAGUGUGUGUUGAACGUCAACGUCCGAGGGAGGAACUGUGAGGCCACAUUGUCCGGCUGUAGAGGGCGCGCGCCGAGCGUCUCGUCUUGUGUUAUUGAUGAGGAAGUGGUGUUCACUAUGGGUCACUGAUAUCCCCGCUAUAGUCGAUCAAGAUCUACUCUGAUAGCUGCACCAUGGCACACGUAGGCAACGGAGCGGCUGGAGAGGACGAGGAGUGCUUUGAAGAUGCCUUUGAGCGAAUACCCGUGGCCGGUCAAAUGGACUUGCGUACAGCCAUACAGGAGACACAGUGUGCUCUCAAUCUGGUCCUCAACAACAAGUUUAAUGAAGCCCUGGAGCUGCUGAAACCAUGGUACAGAGACAGUAUGUACCACGCUCUGGGCUACAGCAGCAUCCUAGUGAUGAAAGCUGCGAUGACUUUUGAACAUCAGGACAUCCAGGUCGCCAUGGCAACCAUCAAGGACGCCCUCAACACCUGCCAGAAGUUCAGGAAGAGAAGCUCAGUUGUUGGUUCUCUGUCAAAGCUGGUCAGCAUGCAGUCCCAUGGAGGAGCUCCUGAAGAGGAGAUCCACGCUGAACUCUGCUACGCUGAGUGUCUACUCCAGAAGGCUACGCUAACGUUUGUGCAGGAUGAAAAUAUGAUCAGUUUUAUUAAAGGAGGAAUAAAGAUCAGGACCAGCUAUCAGAUCUACAAGGAAUGUCAGAACAUGCUAAAUGCCAAUCAGGACCAGGCAGCCAGCUCUGAUUCGUUCACACAGUUUGAGGGCGGGGUCAAACUCGGCAUAGGAUCUUUCAAUUUGAUGCUUUCCCUCCUGCCACAAAGGAUUCUCCGAUUGUUGGAGUUCAUAGGAUUCUCAGGGAAUAGGAACUUUGGUCUGAGUCAGCUGAUGGAGGGCUCAGCCAAUCACAGCCUGCGUUCCAUCCUCAGUGCUCUGACGCUCCUCUUCUACCACACCUACGUCUCUCUGAUCCUGGGAACAGGUGAGGGGGACCUGGUCGAGGCGGAGGCCCUGCUUGAACCCUACCAGCAGAAAUACCCUAAGGGUUCCAUCAUCCUCUUCUACACUGCUCGUAUCUCCGCUCUCAGAGGAGACUUUGAACAGGCCCAGAGCCGGUACGAGGAGUGCCUGGCAGCGCAGAACGAGUGGCUGCAGAUCCACCACCUGUGCUACUGGGAGUUGAUGUGGUGCCACUCGUACCGGCAGCAGUGGCAGCAGGCCUACACCUACGCUGACCUGCUGUGUAAGGAGAGCCGCUGGUCCAAGGCUAUCUAUGUGUAUCAGAAAGCAGCCAUCCUGAGCAUGAUGACAGCGGAGGAGGUGAAGCAGACUGGAGAGGACCUGGUUCAGCUCUUCAGGAAGGUGGAGGGUCUGAAGCAGAGGCUGGCAGGGAAGUCCAUCCCCACAGAGAAGUUUGCCAUCAGGAAGUCAAGACGCUACAACGCUGCUGAGCCGGUUAGCCUGGUGCUACCUGCCCUGGAGAUGAUGUAUGUAUGGAACGGGUUCUCCAUCGUGGGGAAGAGGCCUGACUGUACCGAAGCCCUCCUUGUUACCAUAGAGACGGCCGAGGCACACCUUAAAAACAACCCUAGUCCAUCAGAGUACCACCCAGAUGACUGCUGUUUGCUCCAGAUGUUGAAAGGCCUCUGUCUCAAACAUCUGGGGCGUCUGCUGCAAGCUGAACUCUGCUUUACGCAAGUCCUGUCUAGCGAGAGGCAGAUUCGGUAUGACCACUACCUGGUUCCGUUCAGCCUCUAUGAACUGGGUCUGCUCUACAAACAGCAGGGAGACAUUGCCAAAGCAACAUCUUACAUCGAGAAUGCCAAGAGCAACUAUAAGGACUACUCCAUGGAGUCCCGUCUGCACUUCAGGAUCCAUGCGGCCCUCAACAGCCUCAGAGGAACCCCUGUCAGCACACCUUAACCCCCGCUCCCUUCAGCCCGAUCCACGGCCCCCCCCCCCCCCCCCCCCCCCCCCGAGUGUCCGUCCAAAACCAAGGAAAGCCCUCCUCUUCCUCCUCUUCCUCCUCUUCCUCCUUGUCUCCCACUUCCACCUAAACUUCCAGCUCCUCCUCUUCUUCAUCUUCCUCAUCCUGCUCCUCCUCUUCAUCCACCUCCUCCUCUUCCUCAUUCUCUUCCUCAUCGCCCUCCUCCUAAGCCUGCAUGGUUGGCAUGACGACAGAAACCUUGUCCAGUCGUAUUUUAGGACUUUUUAGUUUCUCUUCUCCUGCCAUGGACCCUGACUCCUGCCAAUCCCGGCUGAUGGGCGGUGCCUCAGAACCCCAUCCCAUAAUAAGCCAUUUUCGUCCAGAGAAGGGUAUGCCACCCGGCUGUUUCUGUGGAUACAAAUAUUCUUCCUCCUCCAUGGACUGGCCUGUGUGUGUGUAUGCAUAGACUUAUUUAUACGUAUAUCCACAUAUUAUAUAUAAUGUGUGUGUAUAUAUAGCCUUAUUGAGACAAAUGUAUACACACAUACAUGUAAAAUGUAGAAUGUGUGUAUGUAUAGACGUAUUUAUACACACAUACGUAUAUAUAAUAUAUAUAAUGUGUGUUUAGUAUUUAAUGUAAGCGUUGGUUAUUUUCUACAACAUUUGUGCACGACCAUUGUGGACAUGCAAUUGAAGCCUUGUCACCAACAGUGGCUUUUAUGUACUCACUACACACACACUCGGGCGCGCACACACACACACACACUCGGGUGCACACACACACACACACACACACACACACACACACACACACACACACACACACACACACACACACACACACACACACACACACACACACAGCUUUGAAGGCCCACUCUAAGGAGCAAUAGAGAAUCAACAAGCGCUCCUUUUUGCUGUUGUGUGUUUCUCAUGGCUGCCACCUGUUGGCCCAAAUUAGUACUCCACUGAUAAUUCCCACACACGCACCAAACACAUACACGUUCACACACACACGUACACACAAACAAGCACACAUAGGAAUAAGCACACUAAUGAAGGAGUAUGGGGUUUAAUGAACAUAGAACUAUUAAAUCUGUGAAUCUGAAGAACACCUGACAUCACAGACAGCUGCUCCUUCCUGUUGUAAGAAAACGUUGGUACUUUUUUUUUGUUGAUCCUCAUGUUUUUCUUCUACACUCUGUAUACUUGAACUGUGAGAAGGACCGAGUGUACUUCCUACACUCUCUGUACUUUUAUUUUGAAAGGACCACUGGUAACUACUACAUCCUGGGUACUUUUAUUGUCAAAGGACCAAGUGUACCUCCUAGACCUGGCUACUUUUACUUUGAAAUGACCUCUGGUAACCACUACAUCCUGGGUAUGUUUACUGUCAAAGGACCACUGGUAACUACUGCAUCCUGGUUAGUUUUACUGUCAAAGGACCACAUGUAACAUCUACAUUGUUGGUACUUUUACUGUGAAAAGCCCACAUGUACCUCCUACACUCUAGGUACAUUUACUUUGAAAGGACCACUACACCCUGGGUGUUACCCCCCUCCCCCCAUGUUGUAGAAAUUGCCAUGGUGACAGGAAAGAGCUAGCUGCCCUCUGCUAAAUGUAUGUAACGCUCUUUGAAAGACCAAAUUGCAUCGCCUUUGUUAGUUUAGUCUGCAGAGUUCAUCGUGGCCUGGCCUGCCAUGUGUGUCUGGUGCCGUGCAGGAACAAAUGGUGUAACGAUUAUGUCCGCUUGACAUGUAUAAAGGUGGGAACAUUAAUGCCCACUCUAUUCAACAUGUGCUGUUCUUGGUGCCUAUUAUAUAAAAUCUUAAACAUGG